AUGCCGCGAGAGGAGCCUCUCCUCGCUCCGCGACAUUCCUCGGAGCACUCGUCAAUAAGGAGCGAGGACGAAGAGGAUGCUUUACUAACCGGACAGCGAAUCAAUCGGCCGGAGCAGCAACGGGGAUGGGCGUUUUGGCGGCAGGUUGGGCUCUUCACCUGGUCUCUUGUGGCAACCGUGGCCGUCAUUAUUCUCGCAGUUCUGUAUCAGCAUAGCGCAACCACACAACCACACGGGUCUGACGGGCUCACCUGGGGCCCAGGCGGCAAGCCUACCGGUAAACGAAAUGUCAUAUUCAUGGUUUCCGACGGGAUGGGCCCGACUAGUCUAUCGUUGACCAGGAGCUUCCGCCAGCUCGAGCAAGGGUUGCCUAUCGACGACACCUUGGUCAUAGACCAGCACCAGAUCGGGACGUCGCGGACUCGUUCGUCGUCUAGUUUAAUCACUGAUUCGGCAGCGGGAGCAACGGCGUUUUCUUGUGGGCACAAGAGCUAUAAUGGUGCCAUCUCAGUGCUACCCAACCACACGGCUUGUGGAACUGUUCUGGAGGCAGCACAUCUGGCGGGGUAUAAGACCGGAUUGGUGGUGACCACUCGAAUCACUGAUGCCACACCCGCAUGCUUUGCAUCUCACGCCAACCGACGAGAAUAUGAGGAUUUGAUUGCUGAACAGGAAGUUGGCGAACAUCCGUUGGGGCGGGUCGUUGAUUUACUUCUUGGAGGUGGACGAUGCCACUUUCUGCCACAGGAUGCUGAUGGCGGCUGUCGGGCGGAUGAUCGGGACUUGACGAAGGUUGCCGAGGACAAAGGAUUUCAUUAUAUUAAUGAUCGUGAUGGAUUUGAUGGGCUUGCGCUCGGCCAAAAUGCUGAGCUGCCAUUACUAGGCCUUUUUGCAGAGAAGGACAUCCCUUUCGAAAUUGACCGUCGUCAGGUCAAUGAUGUUUACCCCUCUCUAGAGGAGAUGGCGCGCACUGCAUUGGCUGCUCUUAGCAAGGCUACCGAGGCGGGUGACAAGGGGUUUUUCAUCAUGAUUGAAGGCUCGCGGAUUGACCAUGCCGGCCAUGGAAACGAUCCAGCAGCACAGGUGCACGAGGUACUUGCAUACGAUAGAGCGUUUGCUGCAGUGUUAGAUUUUAUAGACAAAGAGGACACUCCUACUGUGCUUGUCAGCACCUCUGAUCAUGAGACUGGCGGUCUUGCAGUCGCUCGACAAUUGCACAAAUCAUACCCAGAGUACAAGUGGCUUCCCGACGUGCUAGCAAAGGCUUCUCACUCGUCUGAGUAUCUUGAAAACAAGCUGAAUGAAUACUUAGGAGAAGCGGGUGCAAAGAACAGCCUGAAGAAUCAACGGGCCUAUGUACGUGAGGAGCUUCUAAAGAAGGGGCUUGGAAUCGAUGAUGCCACUGACGAAGAAGUGGAUUCCUUGCUCACGCCCGACGCUGAUCAACCACCAAAAUACUUUUUCGCUGACAUGAUAAGUCGACGGGCGCAAGUGGGCUGGUCGACUCACGGCCAUUCUGGCGCUGAUGUCAAUAUCUACGCAUCGUCCUCAAAAGACGUAUGGCCACUUCUUGGAAAUCACGAGAACAUUGAGGUCGGCAAGUUUCUGGCUUCCUACCUAGAUCUCGACGUGGACGCAGUGACCGAGAAGCUCAGCCAACAAGAUUCGUUGUCCUGGCUGGGCGAUCAGCUUGGGGCCAAUAUCCGUGUCGAUCAACUAGACAGCUAUCACGGAGAUUUCCGUAAGCGCGGGGAGGAUUGCGGGUGUGAUAAUCACUAG